CCUAAGCCGGUCGCGCUUCUCUGAUUAUCUAGGACUCUAAAGAGAUGCAUAGGGAAUUCCCAGUAACAAAUGUGAGUUUCUGAUGUCAUUUUACUCGAUUCUCGAACAAAACAAGGUUGCUAGCCGUAUGCGUAUUAAACAAUUAACAAAAGCUUUGUUGUUACGUGUAUUUACCUAUAAUAUUGCAUAACAGAUUCAAUCAUAAUUCAGGUUAUUUUAUUACUAUAUAUUAAUAAAAUAACAGGACAUGACUGACGAACAAGAAAGAAUGAGCAUAAAGGCAAAGCUUUCGAAAUUACAUUGUCCCUUUACAUGGGAAAUAUUAGACAGCUUUAUAAAACAUCAAACAAUAUAUCAUGAAAGCAGUAACAACGAAAAGGAUCAGAUGGAUGAUGAAACAUUUUAUCCAUUAGAACAAUUACUAAUAUGUUUAUUCAAAUGUUAUAAAGCAGUGUCAAGUAUAGAUAAUGAUGAGGCAACAAAAAAUAUUGAAAAAGCUGGAGAGAUUUUAAUGCAAAUUCAACAAGAGAAAGAGUUUUGUCAGAUGAUACGAGCAAUAGAACACGUAUUUUAUGCUACGAAAUGUUUCUUUCUAUAUGAUGCUGAUGAUAUGGAUGGAUUGGAAGAAAUAUUACAAAAUAUUAUUGAUCCUGAAGAGUUCAGUAAUAUAGAAUUAGGUGCUUUAUAUGGCUGCCAGAGUGUGAUUUGGUCUAAAUUAAAUGAUUUUGGCAUGAACGAAGCAGUUGAUACUGCUAAGAAAGCAGUGGAAAAGAAUCAAGAAUGUGCAUUAUGGCACUUUAUUCUCGCAAAGAAUCUUAGACGUCAAAGACGUCUACUAAAUAUUUCAUCUAACGUAUCAGAUAUGGAAAAAGAACAUUUUGAAAUAGCAUAUGCUAUUUCUAAGAAUGAUGUGUUUGGCGUAUAUUAUUUGCAAAUGCGCCUUGAAUGUUUUUAUAAAUAUAGUAAAGAACGAAAUUAUGUAAUGAGAAAAAUUGCUAAUGAAAGAGACGUCAUGUAUACAGCUAAACAAAUUUUAAAUACAAAACCUACAAAUUAUAAAGUAUUACUAAGACUAAGUCUUAUUUUUCUGCGUGCAAGCUCAGAUGAAAGGUUAUCAGCAAAAAAAUGUCUUGAUGCUAUAUACAAAAUAGCGCCAAAUAGUCCUACAUAUCUGCACUAUACUGCAAUGUUAUAUGAACAGAGUGGAGAUUAUAAAGAAGCUCUUAAAUAUUAUAAAAUGGCUGCAGAAUGUAAUAAUUUGGUAGCAGAGCUUGCUUAUAUACAAUAUGGUUGGGAAGUAGGAGAGCUGGAACCACUACCACAUUUGUUGCGAAUGUUGAAGAAAUAUGAGCAAUCAGUUAAAGAACGAAAAAUAAAUAUACUGCUUGCGAUUGCGGUAACUUAUUAUUCUCUUCAGAAAGAUAUACCAAAUGCAGCAGAAUAUUUUUUAAAAGCUCUAAAAGUAGAUGCAUUGAAUAACAAGUUCAAGGUAUUUUAA